CAAAAUGGUCAUCGCGUAAUCGUCCAGCCGUUCGCCAUCGAAUCGGUAAAUCUGUUGCUGGCUAGUGUGACUCACUGAGUCUUUCAUUUUGUAAAAUAGGAAUAUGGUAGAUAAAUUUUUCUCUAAGUAUUUUACUUCAUUAACCGUGUUUUGACGUUACGUGUCAUGUGUUAAUAGCAACUAAAAGCAAUAGUGUAGUGUUAACGAAUUGAAGAUUGUCCUGAAGCGUACGGUGUGUGAUUGAUAUCGUGUUGUUUUAUUAGUACAACGGAUUUUUAAACAGAGAUGCAGGCGAUCAAGUGUGUUGUAGUUGGUGAUGGUGCCGUCGGUAAAACAUGUCUCCUCAUCAGUUAUACAACGAAUGCCUUCCCAGGAGAAUACAUACCUACAGUGUUCGACAACUAUUCGGCGAAUGUGAUGGUGGACGGGAAGCCAAUCAACCUGGGUCUCUGGGAUACGGCUGGUCAAGAGGACUACGAUAGGCUGCGACCACUCUCCUACCCGCAGACGGAUGUCUUCUUAAUAUGCUUCUCGCUUGUCAACCCUGCCUCCUUCGAAAACGUCCGCGCUAAGUGGUACCCUGAAGUGAGGCAUCACUGUCCGUCGACCCCCAUCAUCCUUGUGGGAACUAAGCUCGAUCUCCGUGAAGACAAGGACACCAUUGAGAAGUUGAAGGACAAGAAACUUGCUCCCAUCACCUGGUCACAGGGCCUAAGCAUGUCCAAGGAGAUCGGUGCAGUGAAGUACCUAGAGUGCUCGGCGCUGACGCAAAAGGGCUUGAAGACUGUUUUUGAUGAGGCGAUACGAGCGGUACUCUGUCCCGUACAACCGCCGAAGAAGAAAAAGCCAACCUGUAAUAUCCUAUAAAGAGCGAGUUUCAGAUAGCAUAGACCAGCAGAGACUAGACGCAUCAGCACAUGGAUGAAUGGUCUGCAAAUGCAUUGAUAGAUGUUAAUCCUCUAAUGUUAAUAUAAUCAUUAAUGUAACGUGGUGUGAGUGAGGUCCGUUUUACCGCUUUUGUAUAAUCUGUGGAAUGACAUUGACAGUCGGCUAUGGUAAAAUAUGGCAGUGGUUUUAUACAGUUUCAAAUAUUUUGGGUGCUUUCUCUGACACUAAAAUAGAAUAAAUACAUUCCUACAUUUAAUUAAAUGCUAUUUAAUGCCCACCAUUUGUUUUCGUCUCACAUUUUGGAUAUUUUCUCGUGAAUCAGUUACGUGGAAUUGUUGAAAUUUAUGUUAGGCAGAGAUUAUAUUUUUCGAUUAUUGCUUAUUUUGUUUUCAAUUGUUGUAUUUCAUAUUCGAUAAGUACAUAUUCAGUAUUCGCUAAGAAUUUAUAUUCGUAUGAUGUAAGAUAAACUAUCUUUGACGUCGGCAAAUUCAAUAUCAAAAUGGAGCCAUGAAGGUACAAAUGUUCGGACAUCGUUUAAUGUUGUAAAACUUUGAGGCACCCGUUUGCGGGCUUAAGUACAUAUCGGAAAGCUAAGCUUAAGCAAUAAGCCGAUACUAUGAUAUCUUCACUAAUACCAACCUUAUAAAGGUGUAAAAUAUUAAUCUGAAAUUAAUAAAAUGCCAAGCAGUAAGUUCAUAAAAUGACAUAGAUUCUUAUAUAGUAGUGCACAAAAAUUUGUCCCGUAUUUCGUAAAUUCCCGUCUUAUACAUAUUGCUAAAUUUAAUUAAGAAUACAGUACAAUUUUAAAUCAGCUAUCGUAUAGUGGAGAUAUCAUAUUACUAUUGCAUUACACCGCACAAUUUAUGUAUAGCAUCGUCCGGCCGAAUUCAAAUAGGCGUCUUCGGUCGUUAGGUUAGUAUGGGGAGAUAAUUCGCUAUAUGAUACCGGGUUUAGGCUUUAAUUGACUCGAUUCGAUGGCCUCUAGCUAUUUUAUAUCUAUGUACCGAUUAUGGUUACGUUAAUUACUGUCUAAAUCCACUCCUAAGGUAUAAUUAAGUAGAUGUAACGAAUACGACGCGUCUUAAGUGUGUGCAAUUGUUACUGCUUGACGUUUCGAUUCUUUCAUUCUGACGUUUCGAUGCCAUCAAUUGUUGUUAUUAAAUUUUUGAAAAUAGAACUAGUUGCUUGGUGCGUCUUAAGAGACAAUAUUUUGUAGUCUGUGAAACAUAAAUUUAACUUAAGAAGAACUUAAAGAACGAAAAUAAAAUAAGGCCCUAAUUUGAUUUAAAGUUAAAGUAAGUAUUUGUGCUAGGGUUGUCGUUGAGAGCAUAACUUCUGUAAAAUGCCGAAAAGCUAGCGAAAUAUUGUCUCAGAAGCACUUUUACUUUAAAGCAUCAACAAUUGCACAAAAUAUUAAAUAGUUAUUAGAAAUAAGGUUUUAAUGUAUUGUUCAGAUGCAAAUAUUUAGAAGAAUCAGCAUGUAAAUACAUUUAGUGUAAGUAAUUUCGAACGCACCAUUCACAAUGGUGUUGCAUUUUUAUAAGUGAAUUAUUUCAUAAUGGGCUUGUACACAUAUUAGUUAAAAUGUAAUCAUUACUAAAAUACUUGUAUUAGUUGAUAAUUAAUUGUCAAAGCUGUUAUAUUUUCACUCGUUUGUUAUCAAAUAAUAUAUAUCAUUAAAUAAUUUCAAUCAUAUAAUUGUUUUAAUAAUGUAAUCCACACUUAGUACUCUAUUUUAGUCUAAAUUUAUACAUUUUGUAAUCUGUGUAUAAUUGGUGUUAGGUCAUAAAUUUGUUAACACCUUAACGUCGUACUUUUUAUUGUAUGAUUUCAAGAAAUGUCUCAAGAAAUAUUAACAACAGAUAAUAUUAUCAGCAUAAGUAUGAUAAGAAAUCAUACUUCUAAAUUAUUUGAUUAAAUAAUAUAUUAAACAGUGACAGUUUCAACACAGUAUCUAUAAAGUCAUAGACAAUCAAAAUGGUUGAUAAGUAGACUAUGCGCAACCUAAAGAAUAAUGAAAGAGUACAAUAAAAAUGUAUGAUCGGUAAGAAAUAUUUGUUACUAAUAAUUGUGUAUUCGAUAAAUGUCCCGCUUUUAGUACAGCUUGUAUAUUAUUUUUAUACAAAUGUAAGUAACGCUGAUCGCAAUGUCGAGUAUCUCUUCCAAAUAUUGUGAAGCCUCUGAAUAAUUCAAAAUAUAUUUAUAUUAACUGUUCAAA